AUGGAGAUUAAGAACAAUGUGACAGAGUUUAUUCUGCUAGGGCUCACGGAAAAUCCAAAGAUGCAGAAAGUUGUAUUAGCUGUGUUUUUUCUCAUCUAUGCCAUCACUGUGGUAGGAAAUGUGCUCAUUGUGGUCACCAUCACCACCAGCCCAUUGUUGGGCUCCCCCAUGUACUUUUUCCUGGCCUAUCUCUCCUUUAUCGAUGCUUGCUAUUCCUCUGUCACUACCCCAAAACUGAUUGUAGAUUCAUUCCGUGAAAGGAAGACCAUCCUAUUGAAUGAAUGUAUGACCCAAAUCUUUGGAGAACAUUUCUUUGGAGGUGCUGAGGUCAUCCUUCUUACUGUGAUGGCUUAUGACCGCUACGUGGCCAUCUGCAAGCCCUUGCACUACACAACCAUCAUGAACCGGAGAGUGUGUGUCCUGCUAAUAGGAGUCUCCUGGGUGGGAGGCUUUCUUCAUGCGACCAUACAGAUUCUUUUCAUGUUUCGAUUACCCUUCUGUGGCCCUAACAUCAUAGAUCACUUUAUGUGUGAUCUGAACCCUUUGCUCAAUCUUGCCUGCACUGAUACCCACAUUUUAGGGCUUUUUGUUGCUGCCAGCAGUGGGUUCAUUUGUCUGUUAAACUUUCUCCUCUUGCUGAUCUCCUACGUGGUCAUCCUGCGCUCCCUAAGGACCCACAGCUUAGAGGGGAGGCACAAAGCCCUCUCAACUUGUGUUUCCCACAUCAUAGUGGUUGUCUUAUUCUUUGUGCCAUGCAUAUUUGUGUACAUGAGACCUGCAACCUCUCUACCUGUUGAUAAAGCCGUUGCUGUAUUCUAUGCUAUCAUAACUCCCAUGUUAAAUCCUUUAAUCUAUACCUUGAGAAAUGCCCAAAUGAAGGACACUAUUAUGAAAUUGUGCAGUAAGAAAGCUAUUGUAGGUGAUAAGUAA